CCCACCAGCCUCCUUUGGUUUGUUUAUGUAGUAGAAGGACCUACAGAAGUUGAAAUGUAACUUCUCUAAUAUCUAACUUAGACUAUGAAUGUAUAGAUACGCUAUACUCGUGAUAGUGUAUGUGAACCCUUUGGAAUAACCUGGAUUUCUGCAUAAAUUGGUCAUAAAAUUUGAUCUUCAUCUAAGUCACAACAAUAGACAAACAGUAUAUAUUUAAUGGCGUUGGCAAUCCUUCAAUGUCUGUACCCAAGUCCACAGAGUCCCCAGGUUCUGGCUGUGGUGUUCCAGCCCAGAGCAGCGCACAGCAGGGUCCAGAGAUGGUCUCAGUGAAGCUGGAAGACUGCAGUCAAACACUGGAACUCAAUGUGAUUGUCAAAGAGGAAUGGGAGGAAAGAGGAAUCAAGGAGGAGAUACAAGUAAAAGAGGUGGAUCAGAGAACAGUCAAAGAGGAAGUAGAGAUGGCAGUCAAAGAAGAGCAGGAGGAGAGAACAGUCAAAGAGGAAGUAGAGAUGGCAGUCAAAGAAGAGCAUGAGAGAACAGUCGAAGAAGAGGAGGAGGAGGAGCAGCAAGCAGUCAAAGAAGAAGUGGAGGAAGAGCGAGCAGUCACUGAAGAGGAGGAGGAGCGAACAGUCAAAGAAGAAGAGCAGGGGGAGAGAGCAGUCAAAGAAGAGCAGGAGGAGAGAACAGUCAAAGAAGAGCAGGCGGAGCGAGCAGUUAAAAAAGAAGAGGAGGAGGAGAGCGAAGUCAAAGAAGAAGAUGAGAACAGGAAUGUGUCUGCUCCAGAUCUAGAGGAAGAGGAGGAAGAAGUAGAUAGUAUCACUGACCCAGGAGAGACCUCCCAUCCAGGCUCAGACAGCGAUCCCAGUUCCACAGCAUCAGGAAACCAUAAACAACACAGACAGAGGAACUCAAGACAGAAACAUCACCACUGCAUGGACUGCUUGACCAGUUUCUAUGAGCCACAGGAGUUGAGAAGACACACUUGUAGACCCCACCCCUGUUCAGAUUGCAGAGGCAGUUUUAUUUGUCCAAUUCACAUCAAAUCACACCAACAAACUCUCAAAAUAAAGAAAACCUACCCGUGUGCUCAUUGUGAGAAGAGUUUUCAGACGCCAAGCAGCUUGAAGACACACCAGCUUAAUCACACGGGAAAGAAGUCGUACCACUGCUUUCAGUGUGGGAAGAGGUUCUGUCGUGUAGACGCCUUAAAGGCUCACCAGAGAAUACACACAGGAGAGAAGCCUUUUCACUGUUCUCACUGUUGGAAGAGCUUCAGUGAUAUAGGAAAUCGAAAUAAACACCAGAGAAUACACACAGGAGAGAAGACUUACCAUUGCUCUGAGUGCGGGAAAAGUUUCAAUCAGUUAUCACAUUUAAAACCACACCAGCUAACUCACACUAGUGAGAAGCCUUUUAACUGCUCUCAGUGUGGGAAGGGUUUCAGUCUGUCAUCAUAUCUGAAGAAGCACCAGGUAAUGCACACAGAAGAGAAACCAUAUAGCUGUGAUCAUUGUGGGAAGAGUUUUAAAUUGGAAGGAAUCCUUAAGCGUCAUCAGAGAAUACACAGUGGAGAGAAGACUUACCACUGCUCAGAGUGUGGGAAGUGUUUCAGUUUGUCAUCAUAUCUGAAGAGACAUCAGCUAACUCACACAGGAUUAAAGUCACACCACACAGGAAUAAAGUCACACCACUGCUCCCACUGUGGGAAGAGCUUCAGUAAGAAAGCUGACCUAAAGAAACAUCAGAGAAUACACACAGGGGAGAAGCCUUUCCACUGCUCCCAAUGUGGGAAGAGCUUUAAUGAGAAAGGAAAUCUAAAGCAACACCAGAGAAAACACUCAGGAGAGAAGCCUUUCCACUGCUCCCAAUGUGGAAAAAGCUUCAGUUGGGUAAUAGACCUAAAGAAACAUCAGAGAGUACACAAAGAGGAGAAGUCUUUCCACUGCUCCCAAUGUGGGAAGAGCUUCAAUGAGAAAGGAAAUCUAAAGCAACACCAGAGAAAACACUCUGGAGAGAAACCGUACAGCUGUGAUCAGUGUGGGAAUUGUUUUAAAUGGAAACAAAGCCUGAAGGAACAUCAGAAGGCAAAGCACAGUGCAGUGCCAGACCAUGGCCUUAUAAUUGUGUUGCCAAGCUGGGCAUCUACAUCUAAUUAAUAUUGACACUAACCAGGUUUCCAUCUAACAUUUUAUGCGAGUAAACUUGGCUGUAAGCUUGUCAAAUGUCGACAAAACAAAAUAUGCUUGACAAGGUGGGAUCUUUUUGUGUCGGUAAAAUGUAUUAUGUGAGAAAUGUUGGUGGAAAUGCUUUUAUGUGCUAAUAUUGACACAGUAAUCAUCAUAUCAUCUUAUCAGCAAUCAUCAUAUGGGGCGGCAGGUAGCCUAGUGGUUAGAGCGUUGGACUAGUAACCGAAAGGUUGCUAGAUCGAAUCCCCGAGCUGACAAGGUAAAAAUCUGUUGUUCUGCCCCUGAACAAGACAGUUAACCCACUGUUCCUAAGCCGUCAUUGUGAAUAAGAAUUUGUUCUUAACUGACUUGCCUAGUUAAAUAAAGGUUAAAUAAAUAAAUAAAUAUUGAAGUAAACGUGGAGUCAGGCAAAGACAUGUUGUGUGGUCCUCCCACUACGACUCGUUGGGAAAGCAUGCAGUUUGUUAGGCUACAGAUUAAAUAAAUGAUGAGGAACUUCACAGGGUGGAGAAAGUGCAAGGUGAUGAGCUUGAUGCUCUUUUCCAAUAAAUAUAUUUUUCUGGGGACAUGAUCAUCUACAUCGAUGAUUGGCUGACAUGUGACAACUAAAAAUAAUCUGUCUCUUUUGUCCAUAAUAAUGUCAUCAUGUAGGCUAUACCCACACUGUAUCUGUGAGCUGUUGGUUAGAGCGCACGUGCCAAGAUCAGAGUGACACAUUUGCUAUUUAACACAACAAUUUUUAUAACAAAACCAUCAGUUGAGUUGAAAGUAUGAUGGAAACACAUUGAACUUUAGGUUUUUAUUCGGUACAUGAAAACAUAAGCAAAAAAUGACAUUUUGUGUGCACUACGUCAUCAUGCACUGAAUUUAUAUCUGCAACAAGUCAGUUUGGUGCAAACACACAACUGGUGGGAAAAUGUGCAUAUUAUCUUUAUGCUGAUUUUAGAAUAUUUGCAUGAAAAUCUGUCGCCAAUUGGAUGGAAACCUAGCUAGUGUUGCACAUUGGUUACGGCUAAAUAGAUGUAACAUUUGUUGUUGUAUUGUAAUAUGUUGAAUUAUCCAAAAGAGCAAGAUUUCUGACAACUUAAGACACCACUGAUCGAGUCCGAGUCGAGUCACAAGUCAUGAAAAUUGUGAAUUGAUAACGAGUCAAGUCUGAGUACUGGACUCAAGUACUACAACACUGACAGCCACUCCUCUAUUAGGAAUGUUUGAUUACAACACUGACACCCACUCCUCUAUUGGGAAUGUUUGAUUACAACACUGACAGCCACUCCUCUAUUGGGAAUGUUUGAUUACAACACUGACAGCCACUCCUCUAUUGGGAAUGUUUGAUUUUCAACACUGACAGCCACUCCUCUAUUGGGAAUGUUUGAUUUGUGAAAAUGUAUGUCAUUUCUCUAGUGUUGGUCUGGUCCAGAAACUAACUUCAACUAGACCCCAUUGUAGACCUGAAGAAACUGAUAAACAUCUUGUAUUUUUCUUAUUAAAACAAACCCAUUUUAAUUAUUUUAGCUAAACUUCCAAACCCUUCAAAUGAGUCAGGUUUGUCUUUAAAUAGGUUUACAUAUCACAUGCAGCUUUGUGUAAUCUUUUUCUCUGUCAUUAUGUUUGUGUUUAUUUGUGAUUCAAUGUCAGCGUUCUGAGACACCAUGAUGACAACCAACAAACUACCAUGAUGUAAAACUGAAUAUUACCGUACUGUUUUCAUGCUGCUUAGUGCUAAAUGUGGGCAUCGUUCAGGAUACCUGAUUGUAUUAUCACUACCUAACCCAACUGAAGAGAUUGCAAUAGGUGUAGUAGCUCCAUUCAACCACAAGAUGGAACUAUCGACCCUUAAUAAAAAACAGCUUGAGUAAAAA